CAAGGUCAUCGGCAUCAACUGUGCAUGGACAAGCGGGAUUCAGUGCUGCAAUUCCAAAGGCCUGUGCACCAAGGUACAUCUGGCAGGACAGACUGUUCGAAAACCAGUAUCUAAUAGGAAGAUGUAUUGCUGCUCUUGAUGAUCUGCAAAUUGUCAAAUUUUACACACCAUGUUAUACGACAGGUUUAAGAUCAGUGGCAACGACUGUACAUGGACAAGCGGGAUUCAGUGCUGCCAUUCCAAAGAGCGGUAGCAGUAAUGAUUUUCUUCUUGGUGCUGUUGGAACUGAAACUUGGCAAGGAUCAGGCUAUAAACUGAACUUUAGGAGCGAAAAUAAACUGACUACAGAAAAAGAAAACCCUUAUGAUUAUGAUAGAUCGCUUGACUUCAACUAUAAAGGCUAUUCUUUGGAUUACAUAACCAUGGAGAAUGAAGUACGGUAUGUCCUCGGGGCUCCUCGAGCAGAAAGGCUUUAUGGAAUGGUAUAUGUGGUUCCAAACGCUUUUGACGAAAAACCUCUGAUGAAACUUUCACGUAAGGGAGAACAAUUAGGGGCAUAUUUUGGACAGAGUCUUACUGUAGUUGACCUCAAUGGAGAUAGUUACGAUGAUCUGGUAGUUGGAGCACCAUUUUACGCCAGUAACGAGAAAUGGGAAAGCGGGCGAAUUUAUAUCUACUACCAAGACCAUGUCAAUACCAACUUUAAAGAGCCAGUAAAGAUAACGGGAAAGAGAAUACGUUCCCGUCUUGGUUACUCAUUGGCAGCACUCGGUGAUAUAAACGCAGAUGGUUAUGAAGAUGUUGGUGUGGGUGCCCCAUACGACGGUGAGGACGAAGCUGGUGUUGUCUACAUAUACCAAGGUCAUAUGGACGGCAUUAAAAUAGAACCGUCACAGGUAAUUACCCCAAUGGACCUGAACCUCAAUGUUACGUCAUUUGGUGCUGCAUUGUCUGGAGGCAUUGAUGUUGAUGACAACGCUUACCCUGAUGUGAUGGUCGGUGCAUUUCAAUCAGACAAAGCUAUUCUACUACGAUCCCGACCAGUAAUAACUGUUGUAGCAUCAAUACAACCAGAGCCCCAAGGGAUAAAUCUGGACGAGAAAAAAUUGCAAAUUGAUGGGGAAAUGGUGACAAGUUACAUGGUGAAAGGUUGCUUGCGGUACAAUGGUGUGAAUGUCCCAACCUCACAAGAGUUCGAAGUAACGAUAACAUUGGAUAAGAACCUGCCUUCCCAGUAUCGGACAGUGUUUGUGAAAAGUGGCAGUUCAGAAUUGCAACUGAAUAUGACAUUGAGUGUUGACAGCAGUAAUUCUUGCAUAAGUCAGAAAGCAUACAUACAGGAUAAUAUUGCGGACAAAUUGAACCCUAUUGUGAUUACAAUGACAUAUACCCCAGUUGAACAACCAGGUGUUUCCCUAAAUCCAGUCAUUAAUGAGAACACACAGUCCACCAGCUCACAGGUCUAUUUUUUGAACAGCUGCAAAAACAAUAUUUGCAUUCCAGAUCUUUCCAUACGUGCUAAAUCGCAAAAGGAUAUAGUAACAAUUGGUGAUAGGAAUGGACUGGUGAUCAAUGUUACUGUGGAAAACAAAGGGGACAAGGCGUUUAGCGCCGUCCUCCGGUCAGACCUACCCCUUGGAUUAGGCUUGAUUGGAACAAGACGAUCAGAUACCACGGAUAUAUUUAUAGAUUGCCGUCAUGAAGAAAGCAACAGUCUGUUAGAAUGUGAUAUCGGCAACCCGUUACCUGCUAGGAAAACAAUAAACUUCAUGUUAUCGUUGUCUGUCGAUGAUUUGAAAGGUGAUAGUGAAACGCUGUCUUUUGAGUUAGAGGUUGAUAGCCUUAACCAAGAGAAUCAAACAACGUUAAAUAACAAUGUUGCGAACAUUGCUGUCCAAGUCCAAGUGUCUGCAACAAUUGAACUAAAGGGCAUAUCUAAUCCCGAGCAAGUGACAUUUGACAAAGUCUUGCAAGAAGAUGAGUCAGAAAUCAUAACAGAAGACGACGUUGGACCCAUGGUUAGCCACACGUAUGAGGUGCAUAACCAUGGACCAAGUAAGGUGGGCGUGACAGAAAUUGAAAUCAUGUGGCCACUGAAAACUUCAACAGGAGCGUACUUAUUGUACUUAACAGAGGUAACAACUAACAUGGGAGAUGUUUGUACUGUGUCCGGUGGAGUUAAUCCUAAGAAUUUAACCACGAUUGCAUCAUAUUCUGCAAAUAAUGCCGCUAACAGAAACACUAGGGAAGUUUCUUUGGAAGUGUCGGAACCGAUUGUGUCCCCUAGUGUCAUACCCAGUGUCAAUGCAAUAGGAGAUUGCUCUUCUGGAGGGUGUGUGAAUGUCACGUGUGUAGUCAAUACAAUUGUUGGAAGAACAAGUUUUAUCGUAACAUUAAAAUCUAGGUUGUGGGUGAAUACAUUGUUAAAGAAUGAUAUAAAAGAAACAUUCGCCAGAUCGUAUGGUUCAUCACGUGUAAUCAACAUGCCAUACCUAAUAUCACCGAAUGUUAAGAGACAAGAUUCAUUAGAAAUAACUACAUAUAUCAACCCAGCCAUUCCUACAGUAGAAGUUGGGACAGUCGAGAUCUGGAUAAUAAUUGUAUCUAUCAUAUGCGGUCUGUUGCUUCUGCUACUGCUUGCAGCUGUCCUUUAUAAAGUCGGCUUCUUUAAAAGGAAAACGAUACAAACAGAGGAAAGUAACGGAACAGCAGAAGCAGAUGGAGCUAAAAAUGGCGCUUUUGAUGAAUGAACUUCAUUCUAGUUGCCACAAUACCAGUUAUUUUGCGCAAGGUACUAGCAUUCUGUGGAGCCCAUGACAGAAAUAGAAAAAAAUCAAUUAAAAACACAUUUGUUGUACCGGGUGAAAAUGUCAGUAAUUUUUUCCUAUGGGUUCACUAUGCAGUAAAAAUACAACAAACAAAUUUAAAUAAGGGUGCCUAAUCGCUGUGGUUGAAAUUACUGUAGAUAGUACAUUUUGGCAAGAAAAUAGCAAUCAUUUAAAUAUGCUUUGAUGAGCUAAGAAUUGCAUACUUAGUGUGUUAUAAGUGUUAUAUUACUGUAUUUGCUCUUGAUUGAAAAUUUAAAAAAAAAUAUUGUUUUUCAAAUGGUUAGAUUAGAUAUUGUGGACCAAAAUCCAAAGUUGUAGUGAUAGAAUGUUGCAUUUUGUUAAUUAUGUACAGAAUUUUUUUUUUUUAUUGAGAAUCCAUCGAUUGUCUAAUUUGUAAUACAGUAUUAUUAGUGAUGAUGAUGAUGAUGAUGAUGAUGGUGGCGAUGAACUGAUGGUAAUAAUCAUGAUGACAGUAAUGACCAACAGGAUAAUUAACAUACACUACGGGUGGGGGGGGGGCAUCAUUAUUAUUAUUUCAUAGACUACACAGCAUUCUCUUCUACUGUGGAAAAGAGCACACAAAUAAAUUGCAUUUGUGUUGGUAGUUUAUGGGUGCUAUACAUGGAUUAACUGGAUUAACUGAUUUAUGCCAGUUAACUUUUAAAAGAACUUACCUAAAAAAUAAUGGAAUCGUCCCACCAGACAGCCGAUCUAUGCAUUAUGACAA